UUGAUUCAUUAAUUAUAUGAUAUCAAACUCCAGAAGCCUAAAACCUUCAUUUCUCCCUCAGCUUCCAGACAUGGAGAGUUUAUAUUUUGAUUUUGGAAAAAAUUCAGCUCUGCAGCGAUGUUAAAUGGGUGAUUCACCGCGAAAUGUGGCCAAUUCCGACGUUUGUUUUGAUACCACGAAUCACGAUGGAUGCCGCCUACUUUUCGAAGGCAAUACCUAGCUAUUUGUUGAAGUUAUCAUGGAUUUCACCGAUUUGGUUAUUAGAAAAAUUCUAAAGUGAGCCAUGAAGCCGGGCUGCAAAGCGGAGAACUUUAACAUGAGAAACUCCAGUCUGUUUGAAGGAGACAUGAUUCUCUCAAAAGACCAACAGGAAAGAGCGGAAGAAGAAUUAGACAUUGAUGAUUCUCGGCAUAAAAGAGCCACCUCGAGAUCCAGAUUGUGGCCAAGGGGAGUCGUGAAAUAUAAAAUCGAUGUAAACCUCGGUCGAAAAUCCCGAGCUAUGACUGCCAUCAAAGCAGCAAUGGCGGAAUGGAGGACGAAAACUUGCAUCCAGUUUAAGAAGAGAACAAACGAAAAAGCUUACGUCCUGUUUCGGUAUAGCAAUCGGUGUGCAUCAUAUGUGGGGAGAGUCGGUCGUCGUCAGGAAAUCUUUCUCGGACCAAGGUGUUGGUUCAAAGGAACAGUUGUUCAUGAAAUAGGGCAUGCGAUUGGAUUUUAUCAUGAACAGUCUCGACCUGAUCGAGACUCUUACAUCAAAAUAAAGUACGAAAACAUUCGUUCAGGAGCAAAGAAAAAUUUUCACAAGUACCGGCGAUCGACAAUUGAUUCACUUCUCACGCCAUAUGAUUAUGGAAGUGUGAUGCAUUACAGAAGUAAAGCUUUCAGCAAGAAUGGAAAGCCAACGAUAAUUGUUAAAAAACACGGGGUAACCAUUGGUCAGAGACGACGUUUAAGUCCGAUUGAUGCUCAGCAGGCGGACCUUAUGUACAAAGCAGAGUGUAAACGGAGGGCGAAAGUAAAAGGACGGGGAGAGAAAGCGAGCUGCCAGGACAGUACGCGAAAAUGUCGCUAUCGGUCUUGGAGACGUCGAUGUCAACAAAGCACAUAUGUCAAGUCCAAAUGCAAAAGAACGUGCCAACUGUGCUAAGCUGAAAGACAUUAUCUCCGUCCGCCAUCUUGAAUUGAUAAAAAUUAUUUAUUACCUUAGUUAUCUUUAAAAAACAAUGAUUUGAGCUAAAUUAACUCUGAGAAAUUGAAAUAUUGAAACUAUCACUCAACACAUCCA